AUGGCCCUCUCAAGGGCCAGUGGCCUGGCCCGUGGGCCCGUGCGGGUCACACGCACCACUCCAGCUCCCACAGGCUUCUCUCCAACCUUCCCAUGGGACGCCCUGCGGAAGGUGCAGCUGUUGGCCCAUCGCCGCAAGGUGCAGGGCCUCUCCCUUCGUGGCCGGGCCUUCCAUCUCACCACACCGGCGGUGAGGGACAUUGGCGGUGCAUCGAUUUGCAUCCGCCUUGAGGAGAAGGAUGCGGCCGAGGGCGAAGCCGCUCAUUUGGUGGCCCUCCGAGAGGGUGGCUAUUUGCUCGGCUUGCAAGGUCCCUCGGCGGGCGUCUUCUUGCCGGCAGUGGCUGGCGUGCCCUGUCGUGAAGGGCUGGAUCGCUCCGGUCAGUCACGGAUUGGCCUGGCCGAGUGUAUGGUCUUCGGUAGGAUGGGACCAGCGUAUCUGGAGGUACGCUUAGACUAA